AUGGACUCUAGAGUACAUUACAAAAUUUCUCUCUCUUUUACCGCAACACAAGAUCUUUAUUAAUAUCGGUUACUUCUUUUUAUACGCUAGACUGAUUUUAAGGUUAAGACAAGUUUGUUCUUUCAUAGGAAGCAAAACAUGUACUAAUUUUAAGGAGAGACCCUUACAUAUCCCAAAACACCAUCAAAGGUUCUUCUCCUUUUCAUUGUUUUCCCAUAUCACUCUCUCAACUAUUCUGUGUUUACCACUGUUAAGUGAGUGAGGCUUAAAGAUAAAGUUAAGUUUUUUCUUUUGCUUUUUUUGCUAUUAAGGGAAAUUAUUCUUUAUGAUCCCAUUUGAUUUUUGCAAUUGAUAGAUACACAAAGUUUCAAUUUUUGUUCGGUUUUCUGUGUUUUAUAGAAAAAUUGUUGGUGGGUUUGUGAGAUUUUGUUGAUUAAGUUUCUGGGUUGAUAGUAAAAAAGGAAAUUUUGAUGAUUGAGUUUCUGGGUUAUAGUAAAGGGUGUGUUUUUGUUGCAUAUUGAUAAUUACAAUCAUUGCAAUUGAGUGAGAAAGUUGAGUUUUUUGUUUUUUAGGAAAAAGGAGAGAGAAAGUUGAAUUCUUUUUGUUUUUGUUUGUAUGAUUGAAUAAUUGUGAAUCACUUAGUAUGGCAAUACAAAGAAACGGUUCUGUGAGUUCGGUUCGCGAAGUCGGGGGAGAAAUUGAAGAGGAACCCAAUACAGGUGUGGUUAAUGAGGCAAUCUAUGUUGCUGUGUCAAAGGAUGUAAAAGAGAGUAAAUUGAAUUUGAUAUGGGCAAUACAGAAUUCUGGAGGAAAGAAGAUCUGUAUCCUUUAUGUUCAUGUGCCUGCAACAAUGAUCCCUUUGAUGGGUGCUAAAUUUCCUGCAAGUUCAUUGAAAGAUCAGGAAGUCCAAGCUUUCCGGGAAAUUGAAAGGCAAAACAUGCAUAAGACUCUGGAUGAAUAUCUUCGUAUCUGUCAGCGGAUGGGGAUACAGGUGCGAGCAGAAAAACUGCAUAUUGAAAUGGAUAACAUUGAAAAAGGAAUUAUAGAACUUAUCUCCCAGAAUGGUAUCCGGAAGCUUAUUAUGGGAGCAGCAUCUGAUAAGAAUUAUUCUAGGAGAAUGAUGGACCUCAGAUCUAGGAAAGCCAUCUAUGUAUGCGAACAAGCUCCAGCUUCUUGCCAUAUACAGUUUAUCUGCAAAGGCCACCUUAUACACACAAGGGAUCGUAGUUUAGAUGAACGAAACGUAGAGAUUGCAUCUCCUUUGACACCACAAGUGCCAAACUCUGUGAGAUCUUUGAGAUCUCAAUCUAUUACAUUGGGGCAGAAUCAUAGGACAGAUUCAAGUAGUUCUAUUCAAGAGUUAUUUCGCAGAGCGAGGUCUGCCAAUGAUGUACAGAGAGCAAGCAUAUCUUCUCCAAAUGACACUGAAGGGUUUUCAACUCCUUCUAACAGGCGAGGUACAGAAGUAAGUUCUGAUGACUCCGAUACGAUUUCAAGGACGAGUCCUUCAGGUUUGUCGACAUUCUCUGAUAGUGCAGUUGAACCAGCAGUGACCCCAAAUUUGGUCGCCGAGAGCAGUAUGAAUGCAUUAGACUUGACUUUUAGUCGGCUGGAUAUAAAGGAGGAUCUCCAUCGUAUAUCGCCUCCAAGUGUCCUGCAGGAUGGUGGAGUAAACGAUACGCUCUAUGACCAACUUGAACAGGCUAUGUCUGAGGCUAAUAAUGCUACUCGACAUGCAUAUCAAGAAACUUUCAGACGCGGGAAAGCUGAAAAAGAUGCCAUUGAAGCUAUACGCCGGGCUAAAGCUUCCGAAAGCUUAUAUACAGAGGAGUUGAAUCAGAGGAAAAUGGUGGAGGAAGAACUAGAAAAGGAAAAAGAAGAAGUUGAGAGUGUGAUGAGGCAGAGAGACAAAGUUAAUGAAGAACUCCAACUUGCCCUGGAUCUGAAGUCAUCACUAGAGAGUCAACUUGCAUCGUCUGAAGUUAUGAUACAGGAGUUGGAACAGAAGAUUAUAUCGGCUGUGGAACUGUUACAAAGCUACAAGAAUGAACGAGAUGAGUUGCAGAUGCAACGCGAUAAUGCAUUGAGAGAGGCUGAAGAUCUGAGGAAAAAACAAGGCGAGGGCUCGAGCUCCUACGUUGCUCAAUUGUUCUCAGAAUUCUCUUUUUCAGAAAUUGAAGAAGCAACAAGUAACUUCAAUCCAUCCCUAAAGAUCGGAGAAGGUGGAUAUGGAAAUAUAUUUAAAGGUCUCCUCCGUCACACCGAAGUCGCUAUAAAAGUGUUGCACGCCAACAGCAUGCAAGGACCAUUGGAGUUUCAGCAGGAGGUGGAUGUAUUGAGUAAGCUAAGGCAUCCCAAUCUGAUCACUCUUAUAGGAGCCUGUCCAGAAUCUUGGUCUCUUGUCUAUGAGUAUUUACCAAAUGGAAGUCUUGAAGACCGUCUUGCCUGCAAGGAUAACACACCUCCAUUAUCAUGGCAAACGCGGAUUCGUAUUGCUGCAGAACUCUGCUCCGCUCUUAUCUUUCUUCAUUCGAGUAAACCUCACAGCAUAGUACAUGGUGACUUGAAACCCUCCAAUAUCAUCCUAGAUGCAAACCUUGUCAGUAAGCUUAGCGACUUUGGAAUCUGUCGCAUAUUAUCAAAUUACGAGAAUUCUAGUAAUAAUAACACACUGUUUUGGAAAACCGAUCCAAAAGGGACUUUUGUCUAUAUGGAUCCGGAAUUCCUUGCUUCCGGUGAACUCACUCCAAAGUCAGAUGUUUAUUCAUUUGGAAUCAUAUUGUUGAGAUUGUUGACCGGGAGACCAGCUUUGGGAAUAACUAAGGAAGUGAAAUAUGCCGUAGAUACCGGAAAGUUGACAUCUUUAUUGGAUCCUUUGGCUGGAGACUGGCCAUUUGUGCAGGCUGAGCAGUUGGCUCACUUGGCUUUGCGGUGUUGUGAGAUGAAUAGGAAGAGUCGUCCGGACCUUCAUUCAGAUGUCUGGAGGAUAUUGGAUGCAAUGAGGGCUUCUUCUGGAGGCACAAACUCCUUUGGUCUAAGUUCUGAAGGGCCUCACCAACCUCCUUCAUAUUUUAUCUGUCCAAUCUUCCAGGAAGUCAUGCGAGAUCCACAUGUAGCUGCAGAUGGUUUUACUUACGAAGCGGAGGCUAUCCGAGGAUGGCUCGACAGUGGUCAUGACACUUCACCGAUGACAAAUAGUACGCUUUCACAUCAGAAUCUUGUCCCCAACCGCGGUCUUCGCUCGGCGAUCCAGGAUUGGCUUCAAAGCCACUGAUCAAGCUUAUUACUUUUCCUGUUGCCCAUUUUCGUUAAACUGUAUAUCUAGCUGUUUAUAGCAUAUGUCUAGGAAAGAAAUAUGGCAUUAUAUAUUUUUCUUUUUACACUUUUGUUUCUUUCUUUUUUUUGUUUCUUAUAUAGUGCUAUAAGUGGAGAUACCUAUAUAUAUUGUUUUGUAUAGGUGUUAACGUGGUUAUCUUCAAUCAUUGUAUACAUAACAUACAUAUAUCAUAAUAUCAAUUCAGUUUUUUGUGUGA